AUGACAGCCUUGCGCAUCUUUGGCUUGACGUUUCUGUUAACGAUUUUGCAGCAGAGGGUGUCCGGCUCCGGCGUCUUCCAGCUGGAGCUACACGAAUUCGUGAAUAGCCACGGGUCUCUGGCCAGCGGGAAGACCUGCUCCCCCCACUGCAGGACCUUCUUUCGCGUUUGUUUGAAGCAUUUUCAGACAGUGGUUUCCCCAGGCUCCUGCACUUUCGGCAGCAUCAUCACUCCGGUUCUGGGAAUAAACUCCUUCAGCAUCAAGGAUACAGAGAGAUUUGACAGCCCUAUUAAGCUGCCCUUUAACUUCACGUGGCCGGGAACCUUCUCCCUGAUCAUCCAGGCCUGGCACGCGCCUGACAACUACCUGCCGGAAGGCUCCCGGCCGCCCCCGGACGAGUGGCUCAUCAGCCAGAUGUCGAUCCAGCGGUCGCUGUCGGUGAGCGAGGACUGGUCGCAGGACGUGCAUCAGGGCCCGCUGACCAAGCUGCGCUACUCCUACCGCGUGGUCUGCAGCGAGAACUACUACGGCGAGAGCUGCUCCCGCCUUUGCAAGCGCCGCGACGACCGGUUCGGGCACUACGUGUGCGCGGCGGACGGGAGCCUGGCGUGCCUGCCCGGCUGGGCCGGCGAGUACUGCACCGAGCCCAUCUGUCUGGCCGGAUGUACCGAACAAAAUGGAUACUGCAACAAGCCUGGAGAGUGCAUCUGCCGUCCUGGUUGGCAAGGCCGCUACUGUGAUGAAUGCAUUCCCCAUAUAGGCUGCCGCCACGGGACUUGUAAAACACAAUGGCAGUGCAUAUGUGAUGAAGGAUGGGGUGGCCUCUUCUGUGAUCAAGAUCUGAACUACUGCACUCACCACAGGCCAUGCAAAAAUGGAGCAACUUGCAUGAACACUGGCCAGGGCAGCUACACGUGCGCGUGCAAACCCGGCUUCACCGGCGUCGACUGCGAGCAUGAGAUCAGCGAGUGCGACAGCAAUCCCUGCAGGAACGGCGGUAGUUGCACGGAUAUUGAGAACGGUUAUCACUGCCUGUGCCCCCCUGGCUACUAUGGCACUCACUGUGAGCACAGCGCUCUGACAUGUAUAGAUUCUCCGUGCUUCAACGGUGGCACGUGCUUGGAAAAGGAACAAGGGGCCAGCUACGCUUGCGUUUGCCCUUUCGGCUUCACAGGGUCAAACUGUGAAAAAAAAGUAGACAGGUGCACAAGCAACCCGUGUGCAAAUGAUGGUAGUUGCUUUUACUUUGGGCAGAUUCGUAUGUGCCGCUGUCAGGCUGGUUUCUCUGGUCAGAAAUGUGAGAUAAACAUCAAUGAUUGUGCCAGAAACCCAUGUUCCAAUGGGGGAACUUGUCAUGACCUAAUCAACGGUUACACCUGCACAUGCAUGCCAGGCUACAGUGGCAGGAACUGUGACAUCAAAACCAGAGAUGAAUGUGCUUCUGGGCCAUGUGAGAAUGGAGGCACAUGCUACAGUGGACUUUAUAGUGCCAACUUUGUUUGCUACUGUCCUUCUGGCUUCAUGGGCAACCGCUGUGAAUUGCCAGUUUAUUCAGUGCCCGUUACACUUCCUCCUAAACCAGUCCCCUGGAUUGCUAUAUCCAUGGGGGUGGGGCUGGUGGCUUUGCUCAUAUUGUUCUGCAUGAUAGCAAUGGUCAUCAGGCAGAUGAGGAUGCGCCCAGAGCAGGAGUUGGAGACGAUGAACAACCUUUCUGACUUCCAGAAGGACAAUCUCAUUCCAGCUUCCCAGCUGAAAAACACCAAUAAAAAUAAAGACCUUGAAGUGGACUGUGGGCUGGAGAAAUCAAACUACAAACCCAAGAACCAUAAACUGGACUACAAUCUGGUAAAAGACCUGACAAGUAGAGGGACACCGGAAGAUAAAUAUUACAAAAGUGAAAAGUGUUUAGGAGAGAAGUCUCCCCUCCGACUACACAGUGAAAAGCCAGAAUGCAGAAUAUCAGCGAUAUGCUCUCCGAGGGAUUCAAUGUACCAGUCCGUCUUUGUGAUAACAGAAGAAAGAAAUGAGUGCAUCAUAGCCACAGAGGUAAGUAGGUACAAAGGUGGACAGGCAUAA